AGGAAGAGGCUGGGUUGUGAGUUUAAGCCGACAUUAGCUAUCAUCAUCACUGAGAUAGCCUGGUAGUACACCACAACGCCAGACCAAGACCACAGAGGACUGGGACGCUGUUUUUCCCUCUUUUUUUUUUGGAGAGGGAUUGCACUCUUCUCUUCUCUUCUCUUCUCUUCUCUUCUCUUCUCUUCUCUUCUCUUCUCUUCUCUUCUCUUCUCUUCUCUUCUCUUUUCUCUCUAGUUAGAUUAAAUGGAAGGACUGUACCAUGAUAUUUCCAGGAUUGCCUACUACACAGAAUAUGACAGACACCUAGCAGCAGUGACAGCAGGGAAAACCAUGGCGACGGCCUACCUGGACACAAACCAGGUAGCCAAGUCCCGGCUGAGCACGGGGGGGUCGGACCGCGCCGCCGCCGGCUCUGUGGACCGAGUUCUGAAAGUCUUCCAUCACUUUGAGUCCCACUCCGAACACAGCAGCUGGUCCUCCAAUAUCAGAUAUGGAGACGCAACGGAUGUCCGGGGAAUCAUCCAGAAGAUUGUGGACAUCCACAAAGUGCGCUGGACUUCCUGUUUUGGCCUACGUCUCAGUAACUGCCAAUCAAAAGACCAAAUCCACUGGCUCCACCCAGAUAUGGGCGUGUCCCACAUCAGAGAGAAGUACGAGCAGUCACGCCCACAGGAGGAGUGGAGAUACGAGUUAAGGAUCCGGUAUCUUCCAAAGGGCUUUGUGCAGCAGUUUACUGAGGACAAACCUACACUCAACUACUUUUAUCAGCAGGUGAAGACUGACUACAUGACCGAGAUAGGAGAUCAGGUGGAGCAGGACAUUGCUCUCAAACUGGGCUGUCUGGAAAUCAGGAGGUUCUUCAGAGAGAUGAGAGGGAACGCCCUGGACAAGAAAUCCAACUAUGAACUACUGGAGAAAGACGUGGGCUUGAGGCGUUUUUUCCCGAAGAACCUGUUGGAUUCAGUCAAGGCUAAAACUCUUCGCAAGCUGAUCCAGCAAACCUUCAAGCAGGUAGCGAACCUCAAUGAUGAGCAGAGCAUCCUGAAGUUCUUGGAGAUACUUGCACCGGUGUAUCGCUACGACAAGGAGUGCUUCAAAUGUGCCCUUGGGUCUAGCUGGGUGAUCCAGGUGGAGUUAGCCAUAGGGCCGGAGGAGGGGAUCAGCUACCUCACUGACAAAGGAUCCACGCCUACCCAUCUAGCUAACUUUACCCAAGUCCAGUCCAUCCAGUACUCUGCCAUGGAGGAGAAGGACAGGAAAGGCAUGCUGCAGGUCAAUGUAGCAGGAGCUGCUGAGCCUCUCACAGUUACCACAGCAUCACUGACAAUGGCGGAGAACUUGGCUGACUUGAUUGAUGGCUACUGUCGGCUCGUCUCCAUGGAAACUCAUUCCUUCAUUGUCAGAGUCCAGAAAGAGGGAGAAAGAGCGCUGCCCUCCAUCCCAAAACUGUCUAACAGUGAGAAGAAGUUAGAGGCAGUGAGGAGUGGAGUGAGGACAAUCUCUGUCUCAGAGGAUCUUAGUGGGGAUGAGACUGACGACUAUGCUGAGAUAGUUGAUGAAGAGGACACAUACACCAUGCCCUCCAUGGGCUAUGGAGUAGUAGAAGCACGGGACUAUGAGAUCCAAAGGGAGAGGAUAGAGCUGGGGCGCUGCAUAGGAGAGGGUCAGUUUGGAGAUGUACACCAAGGAGUGUAUACCAGCCCAGACAAGCCACCCCUCUCUGUGGCCAUUAAGACCUGUAAGAACUGCACAUCUGACAGUGUCAGAGAGAAAUUCCUACAAGAAGCAUUGACCAUGCGUCAGUUUGACCACCCCCACAUCGUUAAGCUGAUUGGCGUCAUCACAGAAAACCCUGUGUGGAUAAUCAUGGAGCUCUGCACUCUUGGAGAGUUGCGUUCGUUCCUCCAGGUGAGGAAGUACAGUCUGGACCUGGCAACUCUCAUUCUGUUUGCCUACCAGCUCAGCACAGCACUGGCCUAUCUGGAGAGCAAACGCUUUGUACACAGGGACAUAGCAGCACGAAAUGUGUUGGUCUCCUCGGUAGAUUGUGUGAUGCUGGGAGACUUUGGUCUGUCACGAUACAUGGAGGACAGCUCUUACUAUAAAGCCUCUAAAGGAAAACUGCCUAUCAAGUGGAUGGCUCCUGAAUCCAUCAACUUCAGAAGAUUCACCUCUGCCAGCGAUGUCUGGAUGUUUGGUGUAUGCAUGUGGGAGAUCUUGAUGUACGGCAUCAAGCCUUUCCAAGGGGUGAAGAACAACGAUGUGAUUGGCAGGAUAGAGAAUGGCGAGCGAUUGGCUAUGCCCCCCCAGUGCCCGCCCACCCUCUACAGUUUGAUGACCAAGUGCUGGUCUUAUGAUCCCAGCAAGCGGCCACGAUUCACUGAACUGAAAACACAGCUCAGUACCAUCCUCGAGGAAGAGAAGCUUCAACAAGAGGAGAGACUUCGAAUGGAGAUGAGGAGACAAGUCACUGUGUCCUGGGACUCUGGAGGGUCUGAUGAAGCACCGCCUAAACCCAGUAGACCAGGCUACCCCAGCCCCCGUUCCAGUGAAGGCUUCUUCCCCAGCCCCCAGCACAACCACUACCCGCCAUCAGCACAUGGUGGGGUAGGAGGAGUUGGAGGUAGCUACCCUCCCCAUGAUUCCUGGAACCAGCACAGGCCUGAACACACUGCACUGUGGAGUCCUAACAUGGAGGAUGGCGGAUGUGUCGGCCAGGCUCUGAUGGAGGAGAGGUUGAUGAUGCAACAGCAACAGAUGGAGGAUGACCAACGGUGGCUGGAGCAGGAGGAGAGCUUCAUGAAGGCGGAGACCAGAAACAGCAGAGGAAGCAUUGACAGAGAAGACGGGGCACUACAAACACCGGGUGGGAGCCAACAUAUCUACCAGCCUGUAGGGAAACCAGAACAUGUCGCCCCUCCUAAAAAGCCCCCCCGCCCUGGAGCCCCUGGUCACCUGGCCGGUCUCAACCCCGUGGACAGCUACAAUGAAGGGGUCAAGCCAUGGCGGUUGCAGCCCCAGGAGAUCAGCCCGCCCCCCACGGCCAAUCUGGAUCGUUCUAAUGACAAAGUGUACGAGAAUGUGACGGGAUUGGUUAAAGCUGUGAUUGAGAUGUCCAGCAGGAUUCAGCCCGCAGCCCCAGAGGAGUACGUCCCAAUGGUCAAGGAGGUGGGUUUGGCGUUGCGGACUCUGCUUGCGACAGUGGAUGAGACAAUUCCUGUGCUGCCAGCCAGCACACACAGAGAGAUUGAGAUGGCCCAGAAGUUGUUGAAUUCAGAUCUGGCAGAGUUAAUAGGGAAGAUGAAACUCGCCCAACAGUAUGUCAUGACAAGUUUACAGCAAGACUACAAAAAACAGAUGCUCACGGCAGCUCACGCCCUCGCUGUCGAUGCCAAGAACCUGUUGGACGUCAUUGACCAAUCACGGCUCAAGAUGAUCGCCCAGACCCGCCCGCACUAGCCCAGGAUCCAAUCAGGCCAGGGGGGAGGGGCCAGGAAGCUCAUCCACAGUCAAUCCGGAGUGAAGAAGGGGAAAGGGGAAGGAGUGUGUUGCUGCGGAGGUGGAGGGUGUGGAGGCUCUCAGCCAAUCACAGAUGGAUCUGCAGCCUGAUGGACGUCAGUGUUAAAAGGAUGAAGGAAUAAUCAGACAACUCCUGCCACUUUUCCCCCUCCAUCACUCCCUCUUCUCCAUCACCCGACAGACUUUCGUUGAUAAACUCUUGCCUGAUUAUUUUUCUCUCUGGCGGUGCCCGUGUUUGGUUGAUAUCACGUCGUUUUGUACUUCUGUUUUGUUUUGUUUUUGUAUCGUGAGAAAUGCUCUUCACUCCCGUCACAUUUCUGCAAGGACAAGCUCUUAUAAAAUCACCUACUACACAUUUUUAAUCAUGGAAGACAGCGAAUCUAAAUGUAACAAGGCUUUCAGAGGACUGCGACAUCCUGCCUGCCAGCCGGUGCCAAGGUUUAAGGUUCAGUUUUGGCUCGAGGCCUCGCUGACAUCCAGGUUUAUGUUUCAUGGCUCACUGGAACGAGUGCAAAGACAUUUUGAUGAAUGGACACACCGAAAAUGGCCACAUAAACAUGUGACGCACACAAUCUCCCCCAAACGUGGGAUGUAACAACUGGAACUGAAGAGCUAUGAGCAGGAGGAUAAUGAAGAUGAAAAUGUUGAUGCUUAAAAUGCUUUUAUAUCAUUAUUAAUUAUUAUUAUUGUUAUUGUUAUUAUUACUAUUUACAGCCUUGACUGUGUCUCUCUGUCUCUCUUUGCUUUUCACACUCCCUGUCUAUCUCACCAUUAUUGCUACAAAUUUGUAUGAGCAACAAUUAUUGGUUCAUAGAUGCUUAUAAAUGUCCAAAUUUUUAUUUUUGUUUUAUUUCUUUAUCUACUGGCUUAAGCCGAAAAGGACUCUCUAUCUCUCUAUCUCUCUAUCUCAGGCAUCAUUAGAUGGCAUGAAAAAUGAAAUUUGAAAGCUGAAUUCUGAAGAAAAAAAAACUAAAUCUGUUUUUAUAGAAAAUCACUAAAAAUGCCACAGGCCACCUUUUAAGUUAAUUACAUAGUCAAUAUACAAAGAAGCUAUAUUUUUAACACUUUUCUGAGACAUGAGUUGUGACUGAAGAAGGGAGACGGAUGAGAGGGGAGAGGAGAGGGAAGGGGAGGUGGGGGUCUAUAACUAGGGAAUUCAUUUAGUUACCAUGGAGACGCUUAUCAUGGGCUGCCUGGUGCCAAAUGACCUGCAGUGGACUAGUUUGCAUGUGAGGAGGAAAAAGGAACAUUUCCCUCAAAAUGCCCUGAUACUCAAACGGUAAAAACUCUGAGAAAAGAAAAAAAGCAUUUGUAAACAGUGGCUCAGCUGUGUCUGUAAAAACGCCACAUGGUUACUGUGUUGUUUUGCUUUGUAUAUUGAAGCCAAAUGUGUUGUUACACCAGUCACGCUGUUGGCUCUUAUAUUGUAUGUCCCCUCACAUAUAUGUUUAUGGAACAUUAUGCAGUGUGAGCCCUCAGUUUGUCGAUCCUGGAAGUGGAUUUUCUGCAACAUUUAAAUGAAAAAAAGUGAAUAGAACCACAUUAUAAGCCAUCCUGUAAUGACUUAGGAAUUAAUAUGUCAUGAAUAAUAAUAAUAAUAAUAUGAAUUACAGCUGCACUUGUCAUUUAUGACUGAGUGAAUUAAACUGCAGCCUUAAUCUGUUUUACAUCCACAACAGCAGCACCUGAAAAUCCUGUAAACUUCCACCAGUGUGGUAUGUCCAGGAGACAUUAAACCAUGGUUUCUCAAACUGUGGGUUGGGACCCAAGCAUUGUCAGUGGACCCGGUUAGGAGGUCCAGGAUUGAUUUUCAAUGAUCUCCUACAUGAUUCCCUCAGUAUCACUAACCCUCCUCAUCUUUCCUCCAUCAUUCUUCCCUUUUCUGCCCAAGUCUUUCUACCUCUGUCAACCCUAGUUAUCUCUCUUAUUCUUUUUCUCCUCUUUUAUUACCCCCUUUUCCUCCUCUCUUCCCUUGAUUUUUUCUCCCUUUUCUCACCUCCUUCUCGUCUGUCUCUCCUAUUUUCCUCUCAUCUCUCUGAUUCUUCCUUCCUCCCUCCCUCCCUCUCUCUCUUCUCCAGCCCACUGUUCCCUCUCUCUGAGGUUUGCAGUAUUCUCAGGAAGGAGUCACAUGUACAGUUCCCAAACCAAGCAAAUUAAAUAAAAACACUGUUAUCAUUAUUAAACCCU